AUGGAGCCUGGCUCUAGCACACCACAGCACAAGAAGAAGCGAACGACGGGAAGCAUAGGCAACGCGGACGAGCUCCCCACGGAUGUCGGCCAGCGCCCGGUACAACUUCAGCGUCGGCGCGUGUGGCGCGCUUGCGAGUCGUGCAGACGAAAGAAGAUCAAAUGCGACGGCAACGAGCCUACUUGUAGCCAGUGCCAGUCUACGGGCUCGCAGUGUAUAUGGGUCCAGACAAAGGAUCGCGCGGCUCUAAGCAGGCAUUAUGUACAAGAGCUCGAGGCGCGUCUCCUGCAUAUGGAGUCAUUGUUCACCCAGGUCAAGCCCAUCCUCGACCAAGUCGGAGCGAGCGUACCCGGGACGUCCCUGGGACCAGCUUUCGAUCCCACACACGGCCAUGCGGCGCCAUUACCUACGAUAUCUCCUGCGGCAGCAGCAACGGCGGCGAGCGUGCUGCAGUCGCUACGCGAUAAGGAUGACGCCGCUGUGGUCGCUCCUCCCGCGGAUAACCGCUCGACUCCGGAUUCGAGCGCCAGCGUGAAGAUCGAAGACGACGUGCUUGACUCCCUCGGUCAGCUCGCGCUCGAUGAACACGGGCACAUGCGCUGGAUCGGUGGUAGCAGUACCAUGAGUCUCAUCAAUAGCUUCAAGCACGCAACGGCAGCACCGCGAUAUCGCGUCAGUCCCGUCGUCGACGAUAACACUACCCCGAAUAGACUAUAUUUCCCCGCUGCCGUAUUCUUUGGCAAAGUACGCGCGUUACCGGGGCCGGAGGAGGUCGAGUACCCGCCAAGAGACCUUGCGGACAAGCUUAUUGAGGCAUACUUCGCCAGAUUCCACUUUCUUUGUCCAGUUGUAGACAAGCCUUCCUUCAUGCGCCAGUACGCGUAUAUCAUGGAUCACACACUGGAUAUCGGCCUGGCGAGGAAAGAGACGGCUCUGAUUGCUCUAGUAUUCGCGGUCUUUGCAUGUGCUGCGCAAUUGGUCGAGGAUCCGCGGCUGAAGGGCGAACGCGAAGACGACGGUGGAAUGGGCAUGGUCUACUACGAGCGCGCGCUUAUCCUGAGCUACAUCUCGCACGCCAGCAUUCAAGUGGCACAUGUGCAGUGCUUUGUGCUCAUGUCGAGCUUCUUGUGCUCUGUCAACUGCCUUCCCCAGGCGUGGAUUCUUGUCGGUCAAGCCUUGCGACACGCUCAAGAUCUGGGUAUGCACCGCUCCCCACGGAAGCUCAGUAUCUCCGCUCUCGAGAAGGAGACGCGGAGAAAGAUCUGGUGGGGCGUUUACACGCUCGAUCGUAUGCUUGCCCUUGCCCUUGGAAGGCCCAUCGGUUGCGAGGAUCGCGACUGUGAUGUGGAGUUGCCUAUAGCGAUCGAUGAUGAGAACCUCAACGCGUAUUUCGCGGGCGCCCCGAUACAGAACGAUCAGCAGCCCUCGCUGAUGACAGGAUUCACGGCGCUCAUCUCGCUUUACGGUAUUGCGGGGCGCGUCCUUCGCAAGGUGUACCCUGUCAAUCCUCCCGGAGAUCUCGCAGACGGCGAGCGACGACAGCAGCUUCAGAACGACGUCGAUACGCUGGACGCGGAGCUGACACGGUGGUUGGAUGAGCUACCGGCUGUCUUCAAAGCGAACAUGGUCAACGAAAUGCAAGUUGCAAUGGGCGCCGUACUCUGCAGUCACUAUUACAGUGUCUUGACGGCACUACAUCGGAACAUGUUGCCAGUGAGCCGCGAACAGCCACUUGCACCGCGUAGUACGGCCAAAGCUCUAAGUUCGGCUCGCGCUUGCAUCCGUCUCGCCCCGUUCAUCAAGACCGUCGUGGCUCCGAGCCAUCACCUUGCGUUCUUCAUUCAACACCUCUUCUCCUGCGCCGUGAUCGUGCUUCUAUACGCUAUGCACGUCACAGAUGAGUCGGCUGCUCAGGCUGCCCUCUCCGAAGCGAACAGCUGCGUCGAAGCUGUCCGAAGCUGGGAAGGUCUUUGGCCUGGGGCGCGUAAAUGCCGUGAACUGUUGACAGAACUCACCACUACCGCGCGCGAGGCUGUAUCCAAUCAGCAGACGGACCCACCGAAUUUCGCCCCUGGGACUGGUCCCUUUGCGCGCGACUACGCGCAGCAGCCUGGUACUGCAGUUCCUCUCCGCGAGAGGCGGCAUUCGGGCGGCUCGAUGGCGGGCAAACCUAUCCGCAACAAGUUAAGACUCAGUAGGAACAUGUCGCCGGACGCUCGCUCAAGACCAUUGCACCCCUCCGCUGCGCUGCGUUUGGAUGCGAAUCGUGCUCGUUCGGCGUCUCGCAAGCGUGGGCACGACGAGACUGAAGAUCUGUCUCUCCACCGGCGCCAGCUUUCUCAGACGCUUGGGCGCCAAUCACAACCUGCGACAGCGCUCAGCAGCCCGACUUCUGCGAACGGGAGCGUCUUCCACUCACCGCGCAUGACCUUGAUCGAUUCCUUGCCACCCACGGGCGCGCGUACUCCACCAACACUUGCGCCACCAAAUACGCAGUUCCCGAUGCACCCCUCGCCCAUCUCUCCUGCCUUGCAUUCACCCGGCCUGCAGUCACCAGCAAACUACGAUCUCGACUUCGGGGCACUCAGCAACACUGGCCAGUUCGGAUCGAGCACAGAUGGCUGGGGCGCGUAUGACCCGAACUUGGCCGCCGCUUACAGGAGUGCACCGGGCACCCCAGGCGUCGAGGGCCAACCAUCGUUCGACCAGCUCUUUGGCGCACAUGUCGGAGGUACGACGAGCAACGGCGGCAGCGAUCAGGGAACGAUCGACCCCUCACAACUAUAUGGAGGGGGAGGCGCCAACGCGCUGUAUGGGCUCGCACCUGGCGCGAACUUCCCCGCUCCAGGAUUGCCGUUCCACGGGUUCGACUAUCUGCGGAACUUUGACGGGAACGGGAGCGGGAUGAACGGUGGGACUGGAGGCGACGGCGAGGCGCAUGCGUUUAACGCUUUCGAUACCGGCGCCUUCAAUUAUGAUCCCUUCAUCCCGUUCAGCUUGGAGGGUUUCGAUUAUGGAAAUGGUGAUAACAACGGUAAUGCGCCGAUGCAGACAUGA